CACAAGCAUACUGCCCCAAGCAACAGCCUUGUUAGAUAAUCACAAGGGAGUAGCUUCAACGUAGAAGAAACCUGUAGUGAUCCUUUAAAUCCCAUGGCCGCGCUAAGUUCUUGUGUUAUUUCCGGAGGCUUGGCACCUCACACCUCCAAGGUUUCUCCUCGCCGCCACGGGAAUCCGGUGAUCUCCGCUUCGUGUCAUCGCCGCCGAAGCCUCAUCAGUUUAAUGAUGAAUUCUUCAGGCAUGAACAAUGCCUUCCCAAUGAAAGGAACGACUACAGGAAUUCCUGCAGUUGGUCCUGGCCCAGCAAAUCCGUCUGGAGGAAACCUCCCAAUUCCCAACAUGCCUCAUUGGGCCAAGUGGUUGGUUGGUGCUGUCAUAGUUGCAAUACCAAUUUAUAGAAGGUUCAGAACAUUGGAAGAUAAGAUAGAGAAGACGGCAGAGGUGGCGAUCGAGGUGAUCGACACGGUGGCAGAGGCGACGGAGAAGGUUGCCGGCGAGGUCGCCGACGCGUUCCCCGGCAACGAAAAUCUCAAGGAGGCGGCCUCGAAGAUUAAGACGGUCACCGAUGCGAUUGAGGAAGAUGCCGAGAAAGCCGAGGCCUUGAUCCAGAAGGUUGAUGAGAUAAAGAAAGAGGUGGAUUCAAUAGUCGAUCCUAUAAUCGACAAGGUCGUGAAGGAGGAGGAGAGGAAUAAAUAAGCUCGCAUGCGCAAAUUAAAGAAGCGCACACUUUUCCUUGUUAUUUAUUUUUACUCCUUUUAUGUUUCAAAAAAGCACGUGCUAGUUUGGUCAUCUCAGUAAGCAGAAGCAGCUAGGAGUGAAAAAUGGCGCCCGUCUACCUCAUUUGAUGUUUUCUGAUCACGUGCUUGUACAGUGCUGACCUAAUUUGUACGGACCACAAGAAUGCAAAUUCUACUCGUAGCAGUGCAUGUGGCGUUCAAUACUCAUCUGGGUGUGCUAAGUCA